AUGCAUACCGAUAAUGGCCCUUUUUCCAAUAAUCGACCCCAGAAUAAACAGAGUUUGCAGCUUUCUCCAAAUCCCAGCCAGCCCUCUGCAUCAGGUUCAUCAACAGCUUCACAAAACACCGUACAGAUUUCACCGAGUCAGCAAGCAUGGCCUCAAACACUCGAAUCAAAUGACCCCGCCGGAAAAUCGAAACCGCCGCCCGAGCCAGAUCCCUUCUUCGAGUCCCUGUACAAGCUCUUCAUCUCGGCCAAUUUCUCUAGAAUCGAGACUAUCGACUUGUCCGCCGCUUCUAGGGCCUUCUGGUCAACCUCCGGCACGUGCGCCGCCUGGAACUGGAGAUACGAAGCUUCGAAUGAGGAGACGGUGGCGAGGAGCGAAGGAAUGAGAGCACGAAUCAACUCGCCCGACGAAUCGCACCGAGUCGGGCUUGAUGACGACGACCUUCUGGUCGGGGAUGAACUCCUCGGCCGAGUCGAGGAGGAGGGUGACGUCGCCGUCGCACUCCGCGGAGUGGACGGCGGAGUAGUCCUCGGAGAAGAGCUCGCGAGGGCGAAUUUCUGCAGCAUAUCUGAGAUCGGCGGCGGCGGCGGCGGCGGCGACGGUUUGGACGAGGGGCCGCCGUCCAUUUCGACCAUCUCGCGGAACCUAUACAUAGAGAGCACGCAAAAAGUGAUCUUUUGCGGAUUUGUGAAGUUAGAAAGGGACACUUCAUUGAGCCCAAUUGUUGAAAUCAUUUGGGCUAAUAUGUGGUUGGACUAG